GAAGAGUUUAUGAUACUGCUUGUUACAUAGAUUACAGUAAUUAAUUUUAAUUCAUAUGUUUCUUAAAUGCCAUAAAAAGUCCAUAAAACUGGAUUACCACCACCGAUAUUCAUUUUCUGCAAUAUAUAAAUUAAAUUGGUCGAUGGGUAGUACAGUAACUAAUAGUAAAAUGUCCAUUCUACAAUUUAUAUUGGUGGUGCUCUGCAUGACGUAUGGAAUCUAUUGUCAGCAAGAUGACCAGAAGAACAUUUUUCAAAUAAAGGAAACUGGCGGAUCUUUAUUUAAGGAUACUGAACAAGCCAUAAAAAUUACAAAUGAUUUAACAAGGACUAAAAGAUAUGCCGGCCCCUAUAAAAAGGGUGGAGGAGGAAGUUGCUGCUAUGGUGGACGUACAUAUGGGGGUGGUGGUGGUAAAAAGAAAAGCGGGUAUGGAUAUGGAUAUGGAUAUGGCAAAAAAAAGAAUCAUGGAUAAAAUACAAUACAGUUUAUUGGAAAACAUUAGAUAUUUUAUAGCUUCUUCCUUUGCAUAUAUCGUAUAUACAAAAUAGUAAAAAACUGUUGCAAUCAACGUUACUAUGUUGUCUAAACUUUAAGAUAAUCCGGCCGGAUUUUGAAU